AUGGAAAAGAACAUCUACUAUCGGCAACGAACUAGAAAAGAAGUCGUCUACGACGAUUGCGUACUCGAGGACUCCUUGUCCCAAGGUGACUGGCACAUCGAGGAGGAUCCAAACGUGGACUACGAGAUGCUGCUCAGAGGAUUACGAGCCUGUGCUGAACGUGCCUCUAAGCCGCGCACGACAAACAUGGAUCGAAUUUCGAGGACCACCAAGGAAUUGUUGGAAAGAAGAAGGGCUCUGAGGCUUGAUCCGAAUGCAUCGCACAUUGAGCGGUUAGUAGCAAAUACUAGCUACAGAAAAGCGUUGCAGGAGGAUCUUUUGAAAUACAGGCAGAAGAAGAUUGUGGAAGCAGCACAAAGAAGAACGAGUCUAAAGAAGUGCCGCAGGGAUCUCCGCAAAUAUAAUAUUCCGCUAGCAACCUUGCUGAGCGAAGACGGGACUCGCACGUCUUCUCGUCGUGAGAUGGAAAUCAUUACGGAGAGGUUCUACUCGAACCUUUUCCGUUCAUCGACUCCUGUGUCAAGCCCAAUCAUCCCCACUGGCGAAGCUCCACCACGGAUUCUCCUUUCGGAAGUACGAGUCGCUAUCAAGAGCAAGAAACCUGGCACAGCCUCCGGACCUGAUUUUAUGUCAGCAAACUUUCUUCGGGCUGGUGGCCAUCCGCUUCAUGUAAUCUUAGCAGCGCACAUGACACCCUACCUUCAGAAAGAAAGGAUCCCAGACCAGUGGAAGACCUCGCGAAUCGUUUUUAUCCAUAAAAAAGGGAACCGAGAGGAUCUACCGUCCGAUAUGCUUGCUGAGCGUGUUAUACAAGGUAUUCACCAAGAUCAUCCUCACGCGCAUUUCCAGAACGCUUGA